CAUCACAUUGUAUUUCUGGAAGCAGUACACCUGCCCUUGGCAACUAUGCCGUUCGACUACACAAUGGACAAGUACCAGAAGACCAGUCCGGGUGAGAUCAAGGAGAGAAUCAAGCCAGCUACGAUUGUCAUCUCGAAUGUGGUGGACGUGAAACCAUCAGAUAUGGACGCUGCACCUCAUCUUCAGCUGCUAGCGGUCCUCGCAACCGGUAUGGGCUGGGUCGAUAAGGAGUACUGCGCCAAACGCGGCAUUUCUGUCAUCAAUGCACCUAGUGCAAACAUCGAUGCGGUAUCAGAGCAUUUCCUUGCCUUAUAUUUCGCAAGCCGGAAGAGGGUUGGGGUCAUUGAUCGCAAUGUCAAGACCAGUCAUGAGUGGAUACAAACCAACAGUCUUACCAAGAAAAUUUGGCCUGCUGGUCCGCCUCUUGGCUGCAAGCAAGAAACUCUUGGCAUCAUUGGCUAUGGCGCCCUGGGCAAACGGAUCGAGAUGCUUUGCAAAGCCCUUGGGUUCAAAGAGAUUCUGGUCGCGGAGCGAAGAGGUGUUACUACCACCAGAGGCGGUCGAGUCGCUUUCGAAGACGUGCUCAAGCGGAGUAGCACUAUAGUACUUGUAUGUCCGCGUGAUCAGGACACGAUCAACCUGAUCGGUAAAGCAGAACUCGAGACUAUGCGUCGAGAUGCACUCUUGGUGAACAUGGCGAGAGGUGGCAUCGUCAAUGAAGCUGCAUUAGCUACUGCUCUCCGCGAGGGCAGAAUUUUUGGUGCUGCUACGGAUGUUCUUGAUACAGAGCCUGGCGGACCCGGUACGUCGCCGCUCUUACCAGACCUCAGCAAGGGCGAAGAGGAGGUGCCGAAUCUGCUCGUCACUAGCCACGUUGCAUGGUUCUCUGGAAGUACUAUCCAAACGCUG